GUCCUCCACACGUGACCUACUUUGGUACUGGCUUUGAGCCUGCUAUGAAUUAUAGAUGAGGAGGAGCUGAGAUGCAGAUCUGGUAUCAGAAGUAGGCUCACAUACACACACAAGGCUUUAGCAGAGAGUUGCCCUGCUCUGCACACUGAGGAUGCUGUAGAAGGAAGCACACAGCCUGUUCCUUUAAUCUCACAGCCCAGGCUCCCAGCAGCCCUGCAUGUCUCUGCUUUAAACCCUUGGCAUCCCUUCAUUGUUUUGCCUAGUUUAUUUUAUUUUUUGCACAUUGAAAGACAGAGAGAGAUGAAAGGUCCAGUGACAGAGUGGGUGCUCCUGACUCUCCUCAUGUUAUCUAUCAGUGGUUUUGCUUCUGCCGAAAGCCCUGUCCUCACUGAUCAUUUUUUGGUUGACUUGCAUGAAGGGGGAGAGGAGGAGGCCAGGCAACUUGCAUCGGAAUAUGGAUUCAGUGGGGCCAGGAAGCUACCCUUUGCAGAAACUAUGUAUCAUUUCUUUGACAAUGGAGAAGAAAAAUCCAGGCGAAGACGUAGUGUCCGAAACAUUAAAAAUUUGUCAGUGGAUCCCAAGGUGAAGAAGGUCGUCCAACAGGAAGGUUUUGACAGACAAAAACGAGGAUACAGAGACAUCAAUGACAUUGAUAUUAAUAUGAAUGAUCCAUUAUUUACAAAGCAGUGGUAUCUGAUUAACACUGGUCAAGCGGAUGGCACUCCUGGACUUGAUUUAAAUGUGGCCGAAGCCUGGGAAUUGGGUUAUACAGGAAAAGGAGUUACCAUAGCAAUUAUGGAUGAUGGAAUUGAUUAUCUUCACCCAGACCUUGCCGCAAAUUACAAUGCAGAGGCGAGUUAUGAUUUCAGCAGCAAUGAUCCUUUCCCAUAUCCGCGAUAUACAGAUGAUUGGUUUAACAGCCACGGGACACGGUGUGCAGGAGAGGUGUCCGCUGCAGCAAAUAAUAACAUAUGUGGGGUUGGAGUGGCUUAUAACUCAAAGGUUGCAGGGAUUCGUAUGUUGGACCAACCAUUCAUGACAGAUAUUAUUGAGGCUUCAUCCAUCAGCCACAUGCCACAAAUUAUAGAUAUAUAUAGUGCCAGCUGGGGGCCAACUGAUGACGGAAAAACCGUGGAUGGACCAAGAGAACUGACUUUGCAAGCAAUGGCUGAUGGGGUCAACAAGGGCCGAGGCAGAAAAGGGAGUAUUUACGUCUGGGCCUCCGGAGAUGGGGGAAGUUACGAUGAUUGCAACUGCGAUGGUUAUGCAUCCAGCAUGUGGACAAUCUCUAUUAAUUCAGCAAUUAACGAUGGUCGGACUGCACUUUAUGAUGAAAGCUGCUCCUCAACACUGGCUUCCACAUUCAGUAAUGGAAGAAAGAGGAAUCCUGAAGCUGGUGUAGCGACAACAGAUUUGUACGGAAACUGCACUUUGCGUCACUCAGGAACAUCUGCAGCCGCACCAGAGGCAGCUGGGGUGUUCGCUUUAGCCCUGGAGGCAAACCCAGGUCUCACCUGGAGGGAUUUGCAACAUCUCACAGUGCUGACAUCGAAACGGAACCAACUCCACGAUGAAGUCCACAAGUGGAGGAGGAAUGGCGUUGGCCUAGAAUUUAAUCACUUGUUUGGCUAUGGUGUUCUGGAUGCCGGCUCUAUGGUUAAAAUGGCAAAAGAAUGGAAAACUGUUCCUGAGAGAUUUCACUGUAUUGGUGGAUCAAUACAAGAACCAAGGAAAAUCCCAUCAAGUGGAAAGCUGAUUCUUACACUUACAACGGAUGCUUGUGAAGGAAAGGAAAACUUUGUACGUUAUCUUGAGCAUGUUCAAGCUGUUAUCACUGUAAAUUCCACAAGACGUGGAGACUUAAAUAUCAACAUGACCUCACCGAUGGGAACUAAAUCCAUCCUAUUGAGUCGAAGACCAAGGGAUAAUGACUCAAAGGUGGGCUUUGACAAAUGGCCAUUCAUGACGACGCACACAUGGGGGGAAGAUCCAAGGGGGACUUGGGUUCUUGAAAUAGGGUUUGUUGGGGGCAUGCCUGAGAAAGGUGUUUUAAAAGAAUGGACCCUGAUGUUGCAUGGGACUCAAAGUGCCCCUUAUAUAGACCAAGUUGUUCGAGAUUAUCAGUCAAAGUUGGCGAUGUCCAAGAAAGAAGAAUUAGAAGAGGAACUUGACGAAGCUGUUGAAAGAAGUCUCAAGAGUCUAUUAAGCAAAAACUAGCACUACUUUCUGCAUGUCUGUCCUUUGUUUUUCUUUCUAGUACUUUAUUUUUUUGUGUACCUUUCUAACACCUUAACCUUCUGUAUUAGAUAUAAUUGUCUCUCUGUAUCUAACAUUUUAAAACUUUAUAGCCAUCUAUUCCUUUAUUAGGAAUUUAAUAAAUAUAUAUUUUUUACAGAGUGACCCCCCAAUUCAAACUAUUUAAAACAGAUGUAAACGAUUUAUGACAUU